ACUCUUAGAAAUAAUAUUAAAGGUUCUCUCUCUCUAUUUCUCUUUUGGUAAGAAACAAAACAAGUAGAGAUCUCUUUCUGUCUAUCUAUCUUUGUGUUCUUCUUGUUCUAUGAUAAAACGAUCUCGAGUAUCCAAAAAGAGCAAGAUGUCUAUAAGAAAAAUCUACCGAUGUCUAAAUUCUUUAAUCAAAAGAUCAUGUGCUCAGUCUCUAUGAUCAUAUAUAAGUCCCAUUUCACACUUUGUUUCAACUCUCAGGUUUUCAAUAUUUUAUCUUUGUUCUAUACCCAACCCCUUUGAUUCUUUGAACAAUCAAGAAAUCAAGAAUCAAGAAUGGUGCGGACACCAUGUUGCAGAGCUGAGUUAGGGUUAAAGAAAGGAGCAUGGACUCCCGAGGAAGAUCAGAAGCUUACCUCCUACGUUAACCGUCACGGUGAAGGUGGCUGGCGAACUCUCCCCGAAAAAGCUGGACUCAAGAGAUGUGGCAAAAGUUGCAGACUAAGAUGGGCCAAUUAUCUAAGACCUGACAUCAAAAGAGGAGAGUUCACUGAAGAUGAAGAACGUUCUAUCAUCUCUCUCCACGCCCUUCAUGGCAACAAAUGGGCUGCAAUAGCUCGUGGAUUACCAGGAAGAACCGAUAACGAAAUCAAGAAUUACUGGAACACUCAUAUCAAAAAACGUUUGAUCAAGAAAGGUGUUGAUCCGGUUACUCACAAAAGCAUAUCAGCAAAUUUGCAGGAUAUUCCGGAGAAACUAAACAUUAAUCAGACAAUUAUAACGAGUGAUGAUGAUCUUGAUCAUAACAAGAAGAUGGAGAAGUCGGCUAGAUUCUUGAACAGAGUAGCUAAUAGGUUCGGAAAGAGAAUCAACCAGAGUGUUUUAUCUGAAAUUAUCGGUAGUGGUGGCCCACAUGCUACUAUUUCUAAUAACACUACUACUGUUACUACAAGUGUCACCGUUGACUCCAAAUCAGAUAAGUCAACGAGCUCUUCCUUCACACCAACCUCAAAUCUUCUUAUGACCGCUAACGGUAACGCUACGUCGUCUCCGUCCGCAUUUUCUGAGUCAUCCAUUAGCGAUCGAUUAAUGUACUGGGAUAAGGAGGAUAAUAUCGAAUUCUCAACAUUUCUGAAUGAUGAAGAUUUCAUGGUGUUGGAAGAAUCUUGUGCUGAGAACAAUGAGUUCAUGAAAGAGCUUACGAGGUUUCUUCAGGAGGAUGAGACGGACAACAUAGAAAUGAUGCCCGUCAAUGAACAUCAAGACAGUUUUGAAGAUAUUGACAACUAUUUUGCAUGAGUGAAUCUUCUGAUAAACCCCACAUGAUCAUUUCAAUAUGAUCCUGUGAUAGAUGAUUAUGUUGAUAAGUGAUGUUGAACCAUGCAUGUAGCUUGUGUUGUCAUAUGUGCGUGUCGUUUUGGUGUUUUUCCUUCUUUUUUUUGUUUUACUUUUCUGUAAGUUUGGCCUCAAGUGUGUUUCGUGUAUGUAGUGGUUAAAUAUGGUGAUGUUAGUAAUAUUACAUUGUU